UUUAUUGUUUUAAUUUGAAUAUGUUGCAUUAUGUGUUCUUCAAUUUGCUUCUUCUUCCUAACAAUAAAUCCUGGAUAUCUUUCUCUGCCAGGAUACCGAGAUCUGCCUCAUAUGGGCAAUUCUUUGUUCUGGAACCUGUGUGAUUCCUUGAGCGUCAGUUUUCGGCCGCAUCUCUGCCUCCUGGUGUUAUAGACCGCCUGACCUCUUGGGGCGUGCUGUAGUGGGAGGUCCCGGAGGAAGCUCGGAGGGUGGGCGGGGUCCGAGGCCAAUUGGGGUAUGCAGAUGAGGUGGGCGGGUCCACAUAUACCCGCGGGUAGCGGCCGGCGGUUGAGCUGGGUCUCCCGGAUUCAGUCAGAGGCAACCUACGGAACGUGCUUCACCGAUCACAGCGGAGCCUGGUCCCCGGCUGUCCCCGGAGCGGGCCAUGCCCCCGCGGGAGCUAAGCGAGGCUGAAUCGUCCCCGCUCCGGUCCCCGACCCCUCCCCCGGGACGGGGCAGCGCGUCCCCCGAGCUGGGCAUAAAGUGCGUGCUGGUGGGCGACGGCGCGGUGGGCAAGAGCAGCCUCAUCGUCAGCUACACCUGCAAUGGGUACCCCGCGCGCUACCGGCCCACAGCGCUGGACACCUUCUCCGUGCAAGUCCUGGUUGAUGGAGCCCCGGUGCGCAUUGAGCUCUGGGACACAGCGGGACAGGAAGACUUUGACCGCCUUCGCUCCCUCUGCUACCCGGAUACAGAUGUCUUCCUGGCCUGCUUCAGUGUGGUGCAGCCCAGCUCCUUCCAAAACAUCACAGAGAAAUGGCUGCCGGAGAUUCGUACUCACAAUCCCCAGGCGCCUGUGCUGCUGGUGGGUACCCAGGCCGACCUGAGGGAUGAUGUCAAUGUACUGAUUCAGCUGGACCAGGGGGGCCGGGAAGGCCCGGUGCCUCAACCCCAGGCUCAGGGUCUGGCUGAGAAGAUCCGGGCCUGCUGCUACCUGGAGUGCUCUGCCUUGACGCAGAAGAACUUGAAGGAGGUGUUUGACUCGGCCAUUCUCAGUGCCAUUGAGCACAAAGCCCGGCUGGAGAAGAAACUGAACGCCAAAGGUGUGCGCACCCUCUCCCGCUGCCGCUGGAAGAAGUUCUUCUGUUUUGUUUGAACAGCUGUGGCAGCAAAAUGAUCAGUAGGCCAAUGGCCACAGACUUCUAGAACCUGAGACAUGGGGCCUUUGAGGGGCUCUGCGGGCAGGGCCAGGCCACCCUCAUGGGACUCAGUUCCCGUCUGAACGCUGUGGAGCCAUGGGCCUUUAACUGCCCGCUCUUCUAUGCCAGGGUGAGCCUAGGAGGAGGAGCCUGGAGGAGGGAAGGCUCUGACUUGGAUUUCUGUGGUCAAGGCUGACAGAGAAAUCCUAGUACUUUGAUUUUCAUGGGAUGAUCCUGACAGCAUCAGCUGUGUCCAAGCAGUUUGGGAUCCAAUUCCCAGUUUCUUAUUAUGGGCCCUCAAGCCAGGCUGGCUGAAUUAGGACCCCUUGUGGUGGUCCCCAUCCCUUCCUUGGCCCCAGGGGUGAGGAAGAGCCUGAGGAACAGCUGGGCAUCUCGGAAGGCUGGAAGGUGUCCAGCCCUGAUUUGGAGAGUUUAGAAUGAAUUGAGUAAGACAGAGGUCUGUGAGAGAUUGAGAAGGAGCAGAAAGUACAGCCUUGGAGCCUUAGGACUAGAGGCAGGCUGGGGAGAAGACAGAUCAGAGGGCUCCUCUUGGUACGAGGAAGAGAAAGGAGAGUAGAGAAGUGGGGCAGCUGAGGAGCAAGGCUGACACUUGGGCCGUCCUCAAAGCCUCAAGGCCAGGGAGGGCGGGGCCGGUGCCUGAGAAGAACUGGGUCUCAGGGCUCCCUAGGCACUGCCCAAACUGGCUGGACCAGGAGUGGGGCAGGAAGUGAGAGGCAAAGCCCAGCAAGAGGAGGGGGAGGAGCUGCAAAUUGGAGCCUAAAGUAAGAAGGGGCUUUCUUCAAAGUCAUAGCCUAGAAGACAGGGCAGUGUAGAAUCUGCAAAUAAAGCCUUAAGUUUCUGAA